UGGUGUAUAACGGACGUUAACGUCGUUUCGUAUAAACGAUAAUUAGAUUUUUCAUUUCGUCAUUUUAAAAUGUAUCAAGAUGACGCCCAAAGUAAUUCGCACAGCAUAUAAACCCUGUUCGUUGUUUUUCGAAUCGAAUCAUCCCAAAAGAUUCUUCAAAUACAGUUGACCGUAGCUACAGCCGUUACGAGUUUUUCUCAUGUAACGGACAUUAGAAAAAGUGUAUGUUGACGUGUCUUAAUUUGAAAAAGAUUAUAUAAUUUCGUGUUAAUUCAGUGUAUUUUACUUAUGUUUUGGACAUUUUUGUGACAUUAUUUCGGACAUUUGUGAGUCGACUUAGUUGCGGUUGCAAUUUAGAAGUACGAUAACAAAGAUGGAUAAGCCAAAGUAUACGAGAAUCCAUUCCUAUGGGAGUAUGAGCUCUGCAAGAAGUGAUGACGAUAUGACCGUGCACAGCCAAGUAUUCCCAUACCAGAAGAAAAUGAUUGUGAAAAGGGAGAUUUUGUAUGAAGAAGAACAUCCACCGUUCCAGCCGCUUUUCGCAACAUCGAGAAUUUUUGGGAAAGCUAGAUUCGCGUGUCUAUUGCUGAUUUAUGUAAUGUUCUACGCAACAUACCUUUUGUCUGGAGCACUAGUGUUUUCAGCAUUAGAGACGCCGAUGGAAAAUCAAAUAAGAUUGGAAGUUAUCCGUGCGAAGCAAGAUUUUAUGCUGAAAAAUCCAACUGUUUUGGAUGCUGAUCUAGAGGCACUCCUGGACGUGGUGAUAACUGCCAGCAACCAAGGAGUAUCAGGUUCUAGAAAUGUCAGUGCGGGCCCCAAUUGGACUUUUGGUCAAUCGCUCUUCUUUGCAUCCACUGUCGUCACUACUAUUGGUUAUGGUCACGUAACACCACUAUCGAAACCAGGCAAAAUGUUCUGUAUGGCGUACGCUUUGCUUGGAAUCCCCCUGACUCUGGUACUGCUGUCUGCUCUGGUGGAACGUCUGCUGCUCCCAGCGACCUCCUUGCUGAGGGCGCUCAAUAGCUCGCUGGGUCACCUGUAUCGACCAUUCACUAUACGGCUUGUGCAUCUUUCGAUUAUCGUGCUGAUGCUCGUGAUAUUCUUUCUGGUGAUACCGGCGGGGGUGUUUUCUGCAAUCGAGCCGGAAUGGGACUACUUGGACUCGUUCUACUACUGCUUCAUCUCGCUCACAACCAUUGGCCUUGGUGAUUACAUCCCGGGAGACUCCCCUGAUCAGAUGUAUAGACCCCUCUACAAAGUUGCUACGACGUUUUACUUAUUACUGGGUCUCACGUUCCUCAUGCUGACUCUGACUGUCUUCUACGAUAUACCUCAGCUGAAUCUCAGCAGCGUGUUUUCUUCGAUGAAACUCGACGAUGAUCCGGAGAAGAUGCGUUUAAGUGGUUCUGGAGGGAUUUGCCCUGGGUACGGUAUCGGGGGACUUAUGAUGAGGGACGACUACAACCACCAUGACCAACGCCGUUCCGUUGUACACAUCAGGCCACAUUUGGAUGAUAGCCCAAGCCCCGAGGACACCACGCCAGUACAUGCUAGAGACCUAAGAGUCCAGUAAAUUCUAUCCAACAAUAGACCGACUUAUUCUGAAAACCUUGCGCGACUCAUAAUUUAUUCUUACGUCAUUGUAUCCACUAUUAAAGGAUCGAUAAAGGCGGCCGUCAACAAAUAUUAGACUAGACGCGAUGUGAAUAUUUUGCUCACUGAAUUUCUUUAGUUUAAGUAUUUUGUGAGUUUUAUGCUUGAUUUAAUGUAGAUAUUGUGGUAUUUUUGAUGUAUGAGAGAAAAACAUAAAUAUUUAAUAUAAUACUAAUACAUGUAGGUACUAACAUAACAACAUAACAUAAAAAUUUUAUCGUGGAUAUGACUUAACGUUAAGUUAUAUAAAAAAACAUGGUAAAAUACUAACUGACUU